CCGCAAGUAAUAAACUCUCCCGUUUUGAUAACCUGUAUCAAACGAUUUGUGAGCUUCAAGCAAAAUUUCUACCCUAUCUCGUGAAAAAUUGCAGACAGCAAGCCUCCAGCGACCCGGCGGUGGCGCUGGCCGUGGAGCGAGGCAGCGAGCUCGAGAAGACAGCGAGAGAUUAUGCAGGGCAGUAGCGGCAGAAAGAUCCUCCGUGUCUCCUGCUGCAUGCUCAAAUCCCGCUCGAUCAUUUGCGUCAAAGAAUCCCUUUCGCCUUUCUUCUUUCUUCAAAAACCUUCUCCUCACAUCUGUUUCUCCUCAUCAUACUCAAAACCCGAAAAGGACUCGCCGCCGUUGUUCUUACGCCGCGGCUCUCCUUCGGCGCAGCCGUGGCUGCCGGCGGUUUUCUUCAGAGAUUCGCUCCGCGACGUAUCGUCCUCGGCGCCGUUUGUUUGUGGCGGUGGUCGGCAGUCACCCUUUUCCACUUCCUUUGUUCGCUAUUAUUCUCUUCGAGUUGCAAAGAUAAAAAAAGCAGCCAAGUUUGAAGACGCCAGCCAGCAAGCAGUUACCACUGCUUUGUGGUGCAAUUUCCUUGUCUUCUCACUAAAAUUUGGGGUUUGGUUGGCAACUUCUAGCCAUGUUAUGCUAGCUGAAAUGGUGCAUUCAUUUGCAGACAUUGCGAAUCAGGUACUUCUUGCAUAUGGCUUGAAUAGCUCUAAGCGUGGUCCAGAUGCCUUACAUCCAUAUGGUUAUUCAAAGGAAAGAUUUGUCUGGUCAUUGAUAUCUGCUGUUGGUAUUUUUUGUUUGGGAUCAGGUGCUACGAUUGUGCAUGGAAUUCAAAACUUGUGGAUUGCACAUCCUCCAGACAACAUUAAGUAUGCCGCCAUAGUAAUUGGAGGAUCAUUCAUUCUCGAAGGUGCUUCACUGCUUGUUGCUGUAAAAGCAGUCAAGAAAGGGGCAGCUGCAGAGGGAAUGACAAUCCGAGAUUAUGUGUGGCGUGGUCAUGAUCCUACAUCUGUCGCAGUCAUGACAGAGGAUGGUGCUGCAGUCACAGGUCUUGUUAUUGCUGGAGCAUCAUUGGUGGCUGUUCAUACUACUGGAAAUCCAAUUUAUGACCCAAUUGGCUCUAUCAUAGUUGGUCAUUUGCUCGGCAUGGUUGCUAUAUUUCUAAUUCAAAGGAACCGGCAUGCUCUUAUUGGCAGGGCAAUUGAUGAUCAUGAUAUGCAAAGGGUGCUCCAGUUCUUAAAAUCUGAUCCGGUAGUAGAUGCCUUGUAUGAUUGCAAGAGUGAAGUUAUUGGACCUGGAUUCUUUAGAUUCAAAGCUGAAAUAGACUUUAAUGGUGUGGUAGUGGUGCAAAACUAUUUAAAGAGAACAGGACGUGAAGAAUGGGCAAGGAAGUUUCGAGAGGCUGCAGAAUGUGGUGAUGAUUGUGAAUUGCUUAAAGCUAUGGCAAACUAUGGUGAGGGUCUUGUUGAAGCCUUAGGGAGUGAAGUCGACAGACUUGAAACUGAGAUUCAAAGGAUUGUUCCAGGAAUCAGACAUGUAGACAUUGAGGCGCAUAAUCCCUCAGAACCGUCAACAUAAAUUUUCUUGAGAGGUUCUAUUAGUGAAGAGUUCUUCUAAUCUGAUAAUGACAUGAGAGUUCAAUGGGUUGCCCUACUUCUGAGGCAAUAUUCCCCAAUAGUUUCUAAUGCCUUCUGAUAUUCUCUCUCUAUCUGUCAAAGUUGCUUUUGUUUUUACUAAUUUUUUGUAACAAGAGACCAAAGGAGGAAAUGAUAGCAGUCCUGUAUAUUGCUAACAAUUUUGACAUUAAAGUCUUGAUUCGAAUACAGACUUGUUAACAUGAAUUGGUUAUUGUUUAUAUAUUUAAUUUAAUUCUUUUUUUGUUGAAAA